UUGUCUAUUUAAUCAGUGUUUUGGGUGUUCUGCACAGUCAUGUGUUUUUAACUUGUUUGUUUUUAGUCUGGCUGCUUUUCUCUCCUGUAUUUCAUAGCCCACAGUAGAAACCAUGCGGUUUUCUUACAUUGUGGCGGUUAUUUUUUUGGCUGCCAUUGGUGCAGAGGGAAAAGCAGUCCCUUCCCUUCCUGAUUUUGGAAACACCUAUCAUGUCAAAGGAGUGAUCUCUCUACCCUACGCUGAAAUUAAAGAGCCAUUUGAAGCAUGGUUAGACCUAGCGACAAAGUCCAGCCGAAUAGACUACUACCAUGGCCAGGUUUCGACUUACCAGCUGGGAUCCGAGCUGCAGUUUGGCGUUGCCUAUAAAAUCACCCCUGAGACCACAGAGGAGGAGAAAAAUGUGAUGAAGUGCUUCCAGGCCAAUGGAACAAAGGAUGAAGCUGUCACACCGCAGGCAUCGCUGCCCGAUGUGCAGGGCUUCCAGUUCCUGAGAAUGGAGUACUAUGGAGGUUCUCUGUGUGAAGUUUGGCAGAAUGUGACCACUGUGGGUUACAAGAAGAACACAUACACACUGUGGGUGAGCCAUUCAGAGCGAGGUGCAAAUGGCAAAGAAGGGACUGCCACUCCCCUCCAUUAUGAGAUGAUGGGAUACAACACACUGCUGGGGUCCCAUUAUGACAAAUACUUGGUGGACUACAAGGAGUUCAGCACUCAUGUGGACCCUAAAGUCUUCUCUCUGCCUAAAGGUAUGAGUUGUGGGGGUUUUCCUGGCCCAGGAGUGGAGCACCACAUGUUGGCCAAUCCAAUGAAAGAUCUCAUCCACACCUCAGCAUCAGGUCACUCGCAGGGCAUGUUCAAGCAUUUCAAGGAGAAGUUCCAGCGUCAGUACAAUGAUGAACGGGAGCAUGAGAAGAGGGAGCAUGCUUUUGUUCAGAAUCUUCGUUACAUCCAUUCUAAGAACAGAGCUGGACUGUCCUUCUCCCUGGCACUGAACUCCCUGUCAGAUCGCAGUAUGUCGGAGCUUGCAACCAUGAGGGGAAGGAAACGAGGAAAGACACCAAACAGAGGGCUCCCGUUCCCCUCCAGAAGUUAUGAAGGGAUCAAAGUACCAGAGUCACUUGACUGGAGGCUUUAUGGUGCUGUGACCCCAGUGAAGGACCAGGCCAUCUGUGGCUCCUGCUGGAGCUUUGCCACCACUGGAGCAGUAGAGGGCGCUCUCUUCUUGAAGACGGGUUCCCUGCAGGUCCUGUCUCAGCAGAUGUUGGUGGACUGUUCCUGGGGUUUUGGUAAUAACGGCUGUGAUGGAGGAGAGGAGUGGAGAGCGUAUGAGUGGAUUAUGAAACAUGGAGGCAUCGCCACAACAGAAACCUAUGGAGCCUAUAUGGGAAUGAAUGGAUUUUGCCAUGUGAACUCAUCCCAGCUUACUGCACGUAUCCAGAGCUACACUAAUGUCACAUCAGGUGAUGCAGAGGCCCUUAAGCGAGCUCUCUUCAAAAACGGGCCGGUGGCUGUCAGUAUUGACGCUUCACACCGGUCAUUUGUUUUCUACAGCCAUGGCGUCUACUACGAACCUGCUUGUGGUAAUACCCCCGAUGAUUUGGACCAUGCUGUGCUUGCAGUGGGAUACGGUAGCUUGAAUGGGGAGCCAUACUGGUUGGUAAAGAACUCUUGGUCCACCUACUGGGGCAAUGACGGCUACAUCCUCAUGUCUAUGAAGGAUAACAACUGUGGUGUCACCACUGAUGCUACAUACGUGACACUGUCAUAGAUGGUGCUCGUGUCCCCUCUGUAUAUUGCUGGAUGUUAAUGCUGUUUAGUUCCUGUUAAUGCCACUUUACUUUUUCAUUUUUUAUUGCCACAAUCUUGAGCAACUGCUGCAAAAGAAUUCGCCAUUUACGGAUUUUUAAAGUGAUUUAAACUGAGUGCCUGAGACCGAGUGACACUUAAUGUUGUAUUAAUCACAAUACAGUGAUUGCAUCAGGCUGAACCGCCUGAUAAUAAUGUUUUAAAUGUUGCUGUUGAAUAGUGUUUAACUGAACUGUGAAGCUGCACAGCUCACAUACACAACAAAUCCACUUUUUAAAACAGUUUUAUUGCUCGAGACCCGUAAACACGUUGCCUUCAUUUUAAUCAGACAAAACACAUUUUAUGAAACAUUUCCAUUAGUUUUUUUUUUUUUUUUAAGAAUUUUUUUUUUUCAAAUGCACUGAACAAAGAAUCAUUACAAUAAAAAUCUGAAAUGUU